GUAGAUUUCAAUGAUUUUAAUGAAGUUUUUAGUCAUUUUUAGUGCUUUUGAACUUGCAAUUGCACAGAGAUUUAAUGUUUGUGAUAAAUCGUAUCUGAAAUUUGUGUAUAUGAGUGCAGAAUUGGGAUGGGUUGGCAUUGGUUUGGCAUGGAUUCGUGAUGAUGGAAAUCUCCGGAAGGUUGAUUUGGAUUUAGAAUAUGAAUCAUCAACAAAACCUGAUCCUAAUAAUUUAGGAAAACUACAAAUUUUGAAUUUGAUAACACUAAAUCAUCCAAAAAAUGAAAAAAAAAACUUAAUAUGAUCUAUGAAUUUAUUCCUCCGUCUCAAAAACAUAUAACAAAUGUUACGAAAAUAGUUUGGAAAGGUGUAACGCUCUGUGAUGUAAAUGGUUAGUUUGCAAAUGUAUUUAGUAUAAAGUUGACUGACUUUUUAGUUCUUCUUCAUUUACUCUUGCAGUAACAAAGCCAUAUUUGGUUAAAAUGCACGACGAGUACAAUUUCUACACAAAGGAACAAAAGUUAAGAACAGAAGUGGUUAAUAGAUUAACACCAAAACCAACAGUUGAACCUGUUCAAUUGAAUUCUAGCACAGAAGAUUAUGAUGACAGUGAGGUUGUUGGAUGUGGUAGAGUAGAUACAAGGAACAUUUAUGUGCCAUUAGUCCUUGAAGGGCAGACUAUAGAAAGAGGACAAUGGCCAUGGUUAGUUUCUAUCUAUUCCUACUCAAAAUCGAAAUUAGGAUUCCGAUGUGGAGCUACACUCAUCUCUAAUAAGUUAGUUGUAACGGCUGCUCAUUGCUUCUUUGAUGUCUUCAAUCGAAGAAUCAAUUCAGAUGAUGUCCUCAUCAUUCUUGGACAGUAUAACCUAAAAAGACCACAAGAUCAAGGCAGCGAAAUUGUUUAUCCCGAAAGUGUGAAUAUUCACCCAACAUAUCGGAAACUAACAAAAAUUGAUUCAGAUAUUGCGGUUGUUGUUCUGGCCGAAAGAGUUCGCUUCACUCACUACAUCCGUCCUGCAUGCCUGUGGAAGGGUCCUGAUACUAAAGACAGCAUUGUUGGGAAGAGAGGAUACAUUGCUGGGUGGGGACGUGAUGAAUAUGGAAAUUUCUUUUCGGAAUUACCCAAACAAAGUGAAAUUCCUGUAGUUUCCGAUGAAACAUGUCUACGAUCCCAUGAAGUUUUCGUCAGAAUUACAUCUUCAGUAACAUUUUGUGCAGGAUGGCGCAAUGGAACAGAAGGUCCUUGCAAUGGUGACUCAGGAGGGCCAUUUGUUUUUAAAAAGGAUGGUCGUUGGACUCUGAGAGGUGUUGUUUCAACAUCCCUGCUCACUGAUGGCAGCAAUACCUGCAAUCUCAAUGAAUACGUCAUAUUCACAGACGUAGCUCAAUUUACAGAUUGGAUAACAUCUUUUGAUAACGAAUACACCUAUUAA